GUUUCUUUCUUCAUUCUUUUCUCUGUCAAACCCCCCAAAACCACCAAAAAAUACUGUAAAAAAUGUCUUCUCCAAGCAAACGCAGAGAGAUGGACUUGAUGAAGCUGAUGAUGAGUGAUUAUAAGGUUGAGAUGAUCAAUGAUGGCAUGCAAGAGUUUUAUGUGGAUUUCACUGGACCAACUGAUAGUCCUUACCAUGGAGGUGUGUGGAGAAUAAGAGUAGAGUUGCCAGAUGCUUAUCCAUAUAAAUCUCCAUCAAUUGGUUUUAUUAAUAAGAUCUAUCACCCAAAUGUUGAUGAAAUGUCUGGUUCGGUUUGUUUGGAUGUUAUUAAUCAGACCUGGAGUCCAAUGUUUGAUCUUGUAAAUGUUUUCGAGGUAUUUCUACCGCAACUUCUUUUGUAUCCCAACCCAUCGGACCCAUUGAAUGGAGAGGCUGCGGCUCUAAUGAUGCGUGAUAAAGCUGCUUAUGAGCAAAGGGUUAAAGAAUACUGUGAAAAAUAUGCGAAACCUGAGGAUGUUGGGAAUAACGCGGAUGAGAAAUCAAGUGACGAAGAAGAUGAGGCAAGUGACAACGAUUAUGACUCUAGCGACGAGGGAAUGGCGGGUCAUGCAGAUCCUUAAUUUGCAUUGUUUAUGCAAUAAAUUACAUUUAGCCUUCUUUUUAUGCAUCUGUACAUGUCAAUGAUAUUUGUACUUUUUUGGGUAAAAUCAUAAUCCAACUCCAAAAAUGAGUUGCAGUAGGAGGACCCUUCUGUGGUGUCAUAUUCCUGUGGGACUCCUCUUUAUCUUAUCUACCUUUCUCUUUUCUUUUCUUACCCUUUCGGCUUUCGGUGGCAAUGUAAAUAACUUAGUACCGAUGGGUUCCAUGUUCUUCUUUUCCAUUUCUUAUGCUUGAGACUGCACUCUUUAAGAUA